CGGAGUAGCAGUGAGGGAGGCAGGUGUCCAUUGUGGCCUCCUAUUUGAAGUACAAGUGGGUGCUUACAUUUGCUUUGUGGUGCAUCGCUAUUUGACAUUUGUCAUCUUGGCCUUAGUGAUUUAAUAUUUUGGUGAAUUGUUCAACUUUCCUGAAUCUAUCCCACAACCUAACCUAACCAUGUCGAAGAUCGGAAUCAACGGAUUCGGCCGCAUCGGCCGCCUGGUGGUGCGGGCCGCCCUCGAGAAGGGAGCCGAGGUCGUAGCCGUCAACGACCCGUUCAUCAACCUGGAGUACAUGGUGUACAUGUUCAAGUAUGACUCGACCCACGGCCGCUACAAGGGCGAGGUCAAGGCCGAGGAUGGCUGCCUGGUCAUCGACGGCAAGAAGAUCACUGUCUUCAACGAGAUGAAGCCCAACAACAUUCCGUGGUCGAAGGCGGGCGCCGAGUACAUCGUCGAGUCCACCGGCGUGUUCACCACCAUCGAGAAGGCCAGCGCUCACUUCGACGGCGGGGCCAAGAAGGUGGUUAUCUCGGCGCCCUCGGCCGACGCGCCCAUGUUCGUCUGCGGCGUCAACCUGGACGCCUACUCGCCGGACAUGAAGGUGGUCUCGAACGCCUCGUGCACCACCAACUGCCUGGCGCCGGUGGCCAAGGUGAUCCACGACAACUUCACCAUCUUGGAGGGUCUGAUGACCACCGUGCACGCCACCACGGCCACCCAGAAGACUGUGGACGGCCCGAGCGGCAAGAACUGGCGUGACGGCCGCGGCGCCGGCCAGAACAUCAUCCCCGCCUCGACCGGCGCCGCCAAGGCCGUCGGCAAGGUGAUCCCCGACCUGAACGGCAAGCUGACCGGCAUGGCGUUCCGCGUGCCCACCCCGGACGUGUCCGUGGUGGAUCUCACCUGCCGGCUGGCCAAGCCCGCACCCAUGGAGGAGAUCAAGAAGAAGAUCCAGGAGGCCGCCAACGGCCCCAUGCAGGGCAUCCUCGGCUACACCGACGAGCAGGUGGUGUCCAAUGACUUCCUCACCGACUCGCGCUCCAGUAUCUUCGACGCCGGCGCCUGCAUCCAGCUCAACGACACCUUCGUCAAGCUGGUCUCCUGGUACGACAACGAGUACGGCUACUCUCACCGUGUUGUCGACCUGAUCAAGUUCAUGCAGUCCAAGCAGUAAGCUGCCGCCGCGGCCUGCUCUGCUGCGUGCUCCAGCGGUCGGUCGGGCGGCCCGGCGGACGGGCGGGCGGCUGAGGGCGGUCCGAGGGCACCCUGUCCCCCGUCCCUGCCCCCGCCCGGCCCCGGGCGCCAGGCGCCAGUCACAGUCAUCUCCGUCUCCGUGUCCGCACUCUAUCCCGGCGCGCGCCGCGCCGUAGUCCGCUGGCCGGCGCCGCUCCUCUCUCCCUCUCUCCUGCUCUCCGUCUGUCAGUCGCUCUGUCUCUCUCUCCUCGGCUCUCCUCAGGUGUAGCGCCGCUGUCUCGGCCGUCUGUGGACGGCGGCUGCCCAGCAGCUUACUGCCGCCCGCGGACGGGCUAGUCGUUAUCGAAUCGUGAUGUUGAAUUCUCCGGAAUAAAACAAUGAAAUUGUG